CGUGGACUUAGUUUGACAAUAAUCGAGUAUUAUGUUCAAUAAUUUGGUUGCUAAAAUUGCAGUUUCUACAAUAAUGUUUCACUUGCUCAAAUACUUAAUGUAUAUUUCGAAAUCCAAUAAAUUUGGCAUUGAUUUUUUAAAUCAUUCCCGUAGCCUUAUCUUAAUGAAUUCCCUGCAACUAAACAAACGAAUCGAUAAUUUUUAUCAUCUUCAACACCACCAAUAAAUGACGUCCUAACCGAAAUCUAAUCAUAAAGCUAAAUCCUAUUGAUAUGAUAAGAUAAGCUUCUUAAAGAUUUGAUAGCAUUUGGUAAUAAAAGCACCAAUCUUAGAAUGAUUUCGAGACAGUUUUGUGAUUCAGGUUGAAAAAUGAUUCGUCAAUUAUUCGUACUCUGUGCUUUGGUGGCUCUAGCUUUUGCUACACCACUGCGUGAAGAUUUUGAGAGCAGAAUUGUUGGAGGAACAAAUGCUAACAUUGCUGAUAUUCCAUGGCAAGUUUCAUUGAGAACAUUAGCCAACUUCCACUUCUGCGGUGGUUCAAUUAUUAGCAACAGAUGGAUUGUUACAGCAGCUCAUUGCACCGUUGGUAGAGCUGGAAACUCAAUCAAUGUUGUUGUUGGAACUGCAACUUUGAAUGCUGGUGGUGUUACACACCGCAGUAACAGAAUCAUCAACCAUCCAAGUUAUAAUGCUAACACAAUCGCCAAUGACGUCUCAGUCGUUGAAACAGCAACUGCAAUCGCAUUCACAACUAAUGCUCGUGCAAUUCCAAUGAACAGCGCAACAAUCGGAGGUGGACAAUCAGCAGUUGUUUCAGGCUGGGGUGGAACUACUGUCGAUGGAGGUGCAUCACCAAAUACACUUCAGAGACUCACAAAGACAACAUUGACAAAUGCUGAUUGCCGUUCUAGACAUUCAACAGCCAAUGCUGCUUUCGUUUUUGACCACAAAAUUUGCACAUUCACAAGAGCAGGACAAGGAAUUUGCCAAGGAGACUCUGGUGGCCCAUUGACUUUGAAUGGACAGCUUAUUGGUAUUGUAUCAUGGAAUAUCCCAUGCGCAAGAGGAUUCCCAGAUGCUUACGAUCGUAUCUCAUCACAUCGUAGCUGGAUCUUACAAAAUACUGGAGUUUAAAUUGAUUGUGGCUGGAUUUUUGAUAAAAAAAUAUAUUUUAAGCCAAAAUUUGAUCCUGUGGCUUUGAAACUUAAUAAAUGAAAUUUUUGUUAUCUUG